AUGGCCAAAGUUUCUCUCGAAAAGCUGCUUCGAAUUCCCCCAUCUCUAACACAAUCUAUAUCACAAACCAAGGUAGACUAUCUGAACCUUGGUCAUUCGGGCUUGAGAGUGUCACGGCCCAUACUUGGUGGGCUUCACCUUGGGAGUCGCAAGUGGUUACCCUGGGUUCUUGAAGAGGAAAAGGCUUUACCUAUCCUUAAAGCAGCAUAUGACUUGGGGGUCAAUACUUGGGAUACUGCAAAUGUAUAUUCCAAUGGAGAGUCCGAGAGAAUCAUCGCCAAGGCGCUCUCCAAAUACAAAAUCCCUCGGAACAAGGUGGUGUUGAUGACAAAGUGCUACCGGGUCAUGUCUGAUCCUGAAAGGUUUGAUCCAGGUUCCGGAGUAACAAUGCACCACGAGUUGGCAGAUUAUAGCAAGGACUAUGUAAAUCAAUGGGGUCUGUCGCGGCGAGCCCUCUUUAGCGCCGUUGAGGCUUCACUCGAUCGCCUCAACACCAGCUACAUUGACGUCCUCCAGAUACAUCGUUUCGAUCAUACAGUACCCCCAGAAGAGACAAUGUCUGCACUGCACGACUUGAUAAGAGCGGGCAUGGUCCGCUAUAUUGGCGCGAGCUCCAUGUGGACGUUCCAGUUCGCCACCUUGCAGCACAUAGCCGAGACAAAGGGUCUAACUAAAUUCAUCUCGAUGCAGAAUCACUACAACCUCAUCUAUCGUGAAGAGGAAAGAGAGAUGAACCAAUAUUGCAAGAUGACAGGUGUCGGCCUCAUUCCGUGGGGGCCGUUGGCAUCUGGUAGACUAGCACGAAGGCCAAAACAAGAGGAAGGGUCUUUGCGAGCGAGUUGCAGUGCUCAUGGCUCAUUAUACGAGAGCGACGACUACAACGUGGACAGGAUCAUACAGCGAGUAGCGGAGAUUGCUGAGAAACGAGGCUGGCCGAUGAGUCAUGUCAGCCUGGCUUGGUUAAAUCGACGGGUAACAGCUCCGAUCAUAGGCUUCGGUUCAGUUGGACGAAUUGAAGAAGCGCUGGCAGCAAGGGGUAAGGAACUGUCUAGAGAUGAGGAGCAGUAUCUAGAAGAAUUCAGCGAUGCAUCGUCCCAACUCCAGAGCAUCCAUGAGAACUAUGCCUUUGACCGUUCCAUGAGGGACACCAAGACAAUGUUGAACCGAGCAGAUGAACUUGACGAUCUCUAUGAGGCGGUCAGAGCACUCAUCAUUCCGCAUGUUCGUGCAGCCGACGAAGCUUGCUCUUUAAAGAGUGCUGGCCGGCUUCACACCGACGACACUCAACGCCUACAGAAUGUUCUGGUUGAGCCAUACCCGCCCAAAGCCCUGCAAGAACGCUUUCAAUUCGCUCUACCCGAUCAUGAGGGAAACGGCAAAGAUGGUCUCAUGCACCUUAUUCGGGACGUUUUACGCUACAGCGUAAAUACCUGGGACCAAGGUUUCAUGGACAAGCUCACCUCGAGCACGAAUCCCGUGGGCAUCAUCUCUGAGAUUGUCCUUGGCAUUCUCAACACCAAUGUUCACGUCUAUCACGUGGCACCAGCCCUGUCCGUGAUUGAGAAAGUCACGGGGCGUACGCUCGCAGCCUACUUUGGAUUCAACAGUCCAUCUGCCGGGGGCAUUUCUUGCCAAGGAGGCAGUGCGUCAAACCUGACAUCCCUCGUUGUCGCUCGCAACUCAUUAUAUCCUGAUUGCAAACUCAACGGCGGAAACUCGUACCAAUUUGCCAUCUUUACUAGCUGCCAUGGACAUUUCUCUAUGGAGAAGGCGGCUAUUACAUGCGGCAUGGGUUUAUCAAGCGUCGUUCAUGUGCCUGUCAAUGACGACGGGCGCAUGAAUGUAAAUGCCCUGCGUGAGCUAGUUAUUCAAGCCAGAGCGCAGGGCAAAACACCACUCUAUGUUAAUGCGACGGCUGGAACCACUGUACUAGGUGUCUUUGAUCCCCUUCACGAAAUCAAGACGAUAUGUGAAGAGUUUGGAAUGUGGUUUCAUGUCGAUGCCUCCUGGGGGGGCUCGAUUAUCUUUUCAGCCAAACACAGACAUAAGCUUACAGGCUGUGAGCUUGCCGACUCACUCACUAUUAGUCCCCAUAAGAUGCUUAAUGUCCCAAUGACAUGCUCUUUCUUACUUACUAAUAACUUGAGUUCCUUUUAUACUGCAAAUUCACUCGACGCCGGAUAUUUAUUCCACGAUACAGAGGACGACGAAGUAUGGGAUCUGGCAAACUUGACACUACAAUGUGGCCGUAGGGCAGACAGCCUAAAGAUGGCGUUGGCCUGGACAUACUACGGUGCGGCCGGCUUUGAAAGACGUAUUAACCAUGCGUUUAAAAUGGCUGCUCAUCUAAGUGGCAUUAUCCAAAAAUCACCGGAUUUUGAGCUUGUAUCGCCCAAUCCCCCGCCUUGCCUGCAGGUCUGCUUCUACUACACACCAGGAGGGGAAAUGGCGAAGAGCGAAAGGGAAACGUCUAGAAGAACGAGAGCCAUGGUGGAGAAAAUGGUUGAUCGAGGGUUCAUGUUUGAUUUUGCUCCUGGACCGAAAGGUGACUUUUUUAGAGUUGUUGUGAAUUGCGAGACGUUACUCGGAACGGUUGAGGGACUUUUCAAGGGAUUGGAAGCGGUGGGUAAGCAGGUGGUGGGAUAA